AUGGGCAGCAUUGCGCCAGAAGAGGCGGUGCCUACCUUCAAAACACCAUGGAUACAGACACCGCUGGUGGAAUCUGCAUCACUUUCGCGUGCUGCCGGAUGUCGAGUUUUCCUGAAAUUGGAGAACGUGCAGCCAAGUGGCUCCUUCAAGUCCCGUGCCAUGGGCAACCAGAUCCUCUCCCACCUCAUCAAGCCGGAAAACAUCAAUCGACCCGUUCAUUUCUUCGCGUCGUCGGGAGGCAACGCCGGCCUCGCGGCUGUCUGUGCUGCCCGUAGCCUGGGCUACCCAUGUACUGUAGUGGUGCCAGUAUCCACCAAACCGUUGAUGGUGCAGAAGCUGCGCUCUGCGGGCGCCGCCGACGUGAUACAAUACGGUGAGACCUUCUCCGAGGCCGGCGAGUACAUGCGAGACGUGAUCAUGAAGAACGGAGAUGCCAAUGAGAGCGCCGACGUGGUCAAGGUGGCCCUCCAUCCGUUCGACAACGAACCCAUCUGGGAAGGCAACAGCACCAUUGUCGACGAGCUCGUCACGCAGCUACCCCCCGCCGUUGGGGAGGAGGAAGAGGCCGCACAUCGGGGUCGGCCUCUACCGGUUGACGCUGUUCUCUGCAGCGUGGGAGGUGGCGGACUUCUGAACGGACUGGUCAUGGGCAUUGAACGACACCGUCGGACCCAGAAAAAGAACCAACUUGUCACAGUGACACAAUCGAAACCCAUUCAUCUCCUCGCCAUCGAAACAAAGGGCACAGAUUCUCUGGCUACCGCUGUGGCUCAGAAUUCCCUUGUCUCGCUCCCUAAAAUUACCUCCCAGGCCACCUCGCUCGGCGCCAUUCGGGUCUCCGAGAAGACGUUCCAGUAUGCGGUCUCCCCGCCGGCGGGCAUCGCCGUGCACAGUGCUGUACUCUCUGACGCCGACGCGGCGAGGGGCGUGCUCCGUCUCGUCGAUGACGAGAGGGUUCUGGUAGAGUUGGCGUGCGGAGUAUGCGUAGAGGCUGCCGUCGGGGACGCGGCGAAGGCGUCCGUCUCCGCAGGCUCGGGCUCCCUGGUCCCUGGCCAGAAUAAGAAGCGAAAGAGAGAAGCAGAGGAUUACCUCACGCAGCGAGAUGAGGGAUAUGGGGAUGAUCGGUCGUCGGAGGCGGACGAGGCUGCUUCCCCAUGUCCACCACUGCAGUCGAAACUAAAGCAAAUGGUCCCUAACUUGUGUCCAGACAGCCGGGUGGUCAUCAUCGUGUGCGGUGGGAGCAAUAUCACGAUCGAUACGGCAGCGGAAUGGCGGAAAAUGCUCCAGGAAGGUUGGGUCAACUAA